GCAGUAAGGCAAGUGCAGCGCAGCGCCCAGCUACAGCCAUUCUGUUUAGUCGACCGCGAGGAAGAUGCUGUUGACCACGCCGAAGCGAGACGACUACAAAUAACUUCCCCAUAAUUUUUAACCAAGUCGCAGGUUCUCGUUUCACAAAGAACCCCUGACACCAAGAGGAUCCAGAAACAUCGAAAGAAACUGAUCUGGGUUCACAAUGACCAACGAGGAACCUCUACCCAAGAAAGUUCGCCUUAGUGAAUCGGACAUGAAGACUCUGACCAGAGAAGAGUUGUGUGCAAGGUGGAAACAGCAUGAAGCCUAUGUCCAGGUCUUGGAGGCGAAAUAUGCGGAGCUAUGUUCCAAUGACGUUCCAGGGCUGAAGGAGUCGGAGGAAAAGCUCAAGCAGCAGCAGCAGGAAUCCGCGCGGAGGGAAAACAUCUUGGUCAUGCGACUUGCCACCAAGGAGCAGGAAAUGCAAGAGUGCACAACGCAGAUCCAGUACCUCAAGCAAGUCCAGCAGCCGAGCGUGGCCCAACUGCGGUCGUCCAUGGUGGACCCAUCCAUCAACUUGUUUUUCCUCAAAAUGAAGGCUGAACUGGAACAGACUAAAGACAAACUGGAGCAGGCCCAAAAUGAACUGAGUGCCUGGAAAUUUACACCUGAUAGCCAAACAGGGAAGAAACUGAUGGCCAAGUGUCGAAUGCUGAUUCAGGAAAACCAGGAGUUGGGUCGGCAGCUGUCCCAGGGACGCAUCGCCCAAUUGGAGGCUGAGCUGGCCCUCCAGAAGAAGUAUAGCGAGGAGCUUAAGAGCAGCCAAGACGAGUUGAAUGACUUUAUCAUCCAGCUAGAUGAGGAGGUGGAGGGGAUGCAAAGCACCAUCCUCGUCCUGCAGCAACAGCUGAAAGAGACCCGUCAGCAGCUCUCCCAGACUCAAGGGUCUUCAGCUGGAGCAGGACCCAGUAGGACUUCACCCACUGCUUCCAGCUCAUGUGCUGAACAAUCUGCUCAGGCCGAGCAGGCCGGCGCACCCUCUGAACCAAUGGGUAAAGACUACGGAAGGGUCUCCAAUGGUCCAAGCAAUGGCAGCUCAUCCCAGAGGAGCGAGACCACUACACCCAGCCUGUACCGAGAGGUCAGCAGCACAGAGGAAGACUUUCCCAUGUCCCCCAUGGUCUCAAGCCCUGGCGAAGCUGAGACCAAACUCUCCAACCACUCAGAGGAAGUGACAGGGAGUCAGACUGCUGCUGGCAGAGUUGGAGGACCUGUGGGUUUCGGUAGCCAGCUGAGUGCGGGGUACGAGAGCGUGGACUCUCCGACAGGCAGCGAGACAUCAUUGACUCAGCACUCGAAUGACACAGACUCCACCACCGACCCCCAUGAGGACAAGGCUGCCCUGGUGACCAAGGGCAGCAGGACUGCUGGGUCACGGCACGCUCAGAACGGCCUGGACACCGGCACAAGCGAUGGUGGAGUUUUGUAAUGUACUUUGACAUGUAUUAUCUGUUUGUUUGUUCGUUUUUCUUUUUUUUUAUACCGUAUACAGACAUGGCAACAAAUGCAUAGUCUUUAACACAGCACUGCUGUCCAAGAUGUUUUGUUUUCACCCUUCUCUCCCUGCCCAUCGUGAUGCCUCUGUCACAUUUGUGUUGCUACACGGGGAUAUAACAGGAAUGGUUUAAUGUUAGAUUUAAAUUGCGUGGAUGUUUGAUUCUGAUGUUUAUUUGAGCACGUCUAGGCUGUUCUUGUUUUAGCUCUUGACACUGAAAUCAGGCAUCUGGUGUAAGUCAUUGUCAAAGUCAGUAAAAUCACUGAAUUACAGUAGCUUCGCUAUAUUCAAGGUCAUUUUUAGAUGUUGACCUGUGUUUUCUUUUUUUUCUUUUUUUUUUUUUUUUUUUUUUUUAGUGCAAUUUUAAUUUUUCAUUGGCAAAAAAAAAAAUUCGGUUAAAAAAAUUCUGUUGAAAUGUGAGUAGUUCAUAUGCGAUGUUCAUAUUAUUCUGACUUCAGUCCUUUUCAUGUACUGACCAAAUACCAAUAAAGAUUUUUAAUACUAUGGCGUGAAACCCAUUAUUAACUAAA